UGCUGUCAAACGUCCCAACCUGUUACACAUUCUACAACGUGUCGUGUAUUCCAGAAGGUACAACGUUUAGCUGUUUUUUUUUUGCCAUAUGUUAACAUGCACAUCACACGUUCUUGGCGUAGUUAAUAUUGCCAUUAAAUCUUGGUGGGGAAAGUUUGGUUUAUCCGUAUAGGGCAGGCAUAAAGAAAAUUGUACAUGCGUGAAUCUUCAGAGUUUUGGAAAAACUGGGAAAUAGUUUCAAUUUGGAAAAGAAAAACAAUUCUAUUUGCCAUAUGUUGGCAUGCUUCUCACACAUUCUUGAUAUAGUUAAUACUGCAAUUAAAUUUCAGUGGGGAAAGUUUGGUUUAUCCGAAUAGAGCAGGCAUAAAGAAUUUUCUUUUUUCAAGAGGGAAACAAAAAAAAAGGAGGAAAUAAAUAAGAAUUAUGAUCGCCUUUUUAGAACGUAUGCUAUUUGCUGCAGAAGUCACAAGCGUUAGAUCCAGGGUUAAGAGUACGAAAAGGGGCUACUGAUGCAAGAUUCGCUCCAUGUAAGGGAAUCCAAGACAGUCUUGAAUUCUGGAUUCCACGUCGUGGAUUCCGGAUUCCAGGUACUGAAUUCCAAAUUGCUUAUAAAUGGAAAACAAUGGCUAACGGGAUUCCGUAUUCCUUGCGCUGAAUUACGGAUACCAAGCCACGGAUUCCGGAUUCCGCAUUCCGCAAGCAAAAAUUUUUAAGAGCUCGGAAUCCGGAUUUCCUUAUAUACGCGAUAAGAUAAUGGGGAAAAGAAUGACAUACAGGAUUGCUUACCUCCGGCUCCUCCACAACAACUGGGCGACUGGUUGAUUGACUUUGAUUACCUUCUAUGGUAGAGCGGUUGUCAGAAAAACGCGGGGUCGGGGCGGGGGUCGGGGUCUAUCUUUUUUUUUUUUUUUUAAAGAAUGCUGCUUUAGGAUUAAAAUCAAACCCGAACCCGAACCCGAACCCGAACCCGGGGCCGCCGGCCCCGGCCCCGAUCCUGAUCCUGAUCCCGAUCUCGACCCCGCGUUUUAUUGAUAACCUAAUAAAUCACUUUAGUGCGUAUGUUGUGCUUUCCCAAUGUAUGUGGGUCAUUUGAUGUUCUCCAGAGAAUUGAUGCUUUGUCUUGUCAUAAAUUACUAGUACAUAUGACCGAGGAUAAGUUAAGUUCAAUUUAGAAGGAAACAGCUCUUAUAGAGUAACUUCACGUGACCAACAUCAAGGAAACAAAACUAAAAAGCUAUAAGGAGGUCUAUUGUUUCUGUGUCAACGAUAUUUUUUAUGUCCUGGUUUCUCGCGAAUUUCUUGAUACUCGAUUCAACAAAGCACCAGUGCGCAAGAGUGCAUUGGAAAGGAAAUAGUUGUGCUUCCUUGCGCCUUUUUGCCUUUACCUACGGUAAGCAAGAACUGAGGCAUAUGCCUUCAAAUUUCUCUUGCGCUCUUCCCUUAUCAGGUUGCGUUUCGUGUGUCCUUCGCCCCUGCAAGACACACCCAUUUUUUGUACAGGUGAAAAAUAUAAGGUUAUGACAAUUUCCGCGCGGUUUCGUUUUCGUAAAGUUUGGCAAAAGUUGAAGUGUAUUGUAUAUAUGAAUAGCUUUUGAAACCAACUUAUUCGUGAAAGCCCACAGAAAACGGAGAAUACCACAUUUAAUUAAGACCUUGCAAGCCAAACGUUUAUUUUUCUUCAUAUUUUAGGCGUCAAAAUUGCCCUGUUUUUCUUCCAUACAAAUACUUUAGAAACUCUGCUAAUCAAGCCAAAAUUGAAAGGUGACAGUGAUCUUUUUUGCACCAGAGAACAGCUGACAUUAUUGCUUCGUUGUCUGUUUCUAAUAUUUUUAUUUUUUUCUUGCAAAAAGAUUACAAAGGGUCCCUGACAGAAAUAUGGAGGAUCGACAAUCUUACAAGUUUGAAGACUUUGAAAACCUUUAUAGAAAAAGGGACCCAACCAAGUGUAACGAAGAUGAAGACGAGCAAACAUUUCACAACUAUCAACGAUGUAUCUCCAGAAGGGCGUCGAGAUCGAGCAUUUUUUCUUUGCCCUUUCACUGAGGAAUACGAGUUUCACGUCUCGUGCAACGGCUCCUGUGAAUGGUCAGUCAAGGAAACAGAGAAUUCAAGUGCUGCAAUUGCUGCUGGUAUAUCUCUUCAGCCCAUGGGCAACGAUGAGAUGAAUUCGUAA